AUGACCACACUUCUACCCCCGCCAAAACGUCAAAAGCAGUAUCACGGCAUCCCUGAACCAGUUCCUGAAACUCCAAAACCAUCGCCAAAUGUCGUCGUCCAGUUCGUGAACGAGCACGACGGCAGCGCCAUGGCCCCCGCCAUCAGCGUCCCAGCCAACAUCGCACGCGAGAGCCUCGAGGUUCUCGUGAACAGGCUCUCUAAAAAGGAAGACGACGACUACGUCCCGUUCGCGUUCCACGUGCUCCUCCCCGCCCCGUCGUCGAUAAAAGAAGAGGAAGCGGGGAAUAAAAAUGCACCGACGCGCAUCGUCGUCGCCAAGUCGAUCGAAGCGGACGUUCUGGAGCAUGUUUCGCAGACGUUUACACAUGAAGAUGUGAUCACCGUACACUGCGCGCCGCAGUCCGUGUUCAAAGUGCGCCCUGCGACGCGGUGCUCGUCUACACUGAGCGGUCACACCUCCCCAAUCCUCUGCGCCUCCUUCUCCCCCACCGGCUCCACCCUCGCCACCGGCUCAGGCGACACGCACGUCCGCCUCUGGGACCUCGCAACCGAGACCCCCUCGCACACGCUCGCAGGGCACAACGGCUGGGUGCUCUGCGUCGAGUGGGACGCGCGCGGGCGGCGCCUCGCGAGCGGCGGACACGACGGGCAGGUGCGCCUGUGGGAUCCGAGGACGGGGAAGCCGGAGGGCGAUGCGAUGCGCGGGCAUCAGAAGUGGGUGAUGGGGCUGGCUUGGGAGCCGGUGCAUCUGAACCCAUCGUCACCCCGCCUCGCAUCCUGCUCAAAAGACGGCACCGUCCGCGUCUGGGACGCGGCGACGCGGCGGGUGGAGUACACGCUCGGCGGACACACCGCGAGCGUCAACGUCGUCAAGUGGGGCGGCGGCGGGCUCGGGCAGGGGUUCAAGUGCGGCGUGCUGUAUACGGCGAGCAGCGAUCGGACGGUGCGGAUAUGGGAUGCGGAUGGGGGCAGACUCCUACACACCCUCACCGCCCACGCGCACUGGGUCACCACCCUCGCACUCAACACCGACUUCGUCCUCCGCACAGGCGCAUACGACCACACAGCGCGCGAACCCGCCUCGGACGCCGAAGCACAGCACCGCGCACUCGAGCGCUACGAAAAGGUGCUCAGUCGUACCCCCGAGCUGCUUAUCAGCGGCUCGGACGAUCAUACGCUGUUUUUGUGGAAUCCGUUUCCUUCGUCUUCGCCAGAUUCAGGUUCAGGGAACGCGGACGCGAAGAUGGGAAAGAUUAAGCCGCUGACGCGGCUGACGGGGCAUCAGCGCCAGGUGUCGCAUGUUGCGUUUUCGCCGGACGGGCGGAGGGCGGCGAGCGCGGGGUGGGAUUCGGCGGUGCGCCUGUGGGAUUGCUCUGGGUCUGUUUCGGACGCUGCUGAAGGCGCCAAGGGGGGUGGGAUGGGCAAGUUCGUCGCGACGCUGAGGGGGCACGUUGGGCCUGUGUAUAGGUUGGCGUGGAGUGCGGAUUCGAGGAUGUUGGUUAGUGCUAGUAAGGAUGCGACUGUCAAGAUAUGGGAUCUUCGGACGUACAAGAUCAAGUCUGACCUGCCCGGCCACACCGACGAGGUGUACUGCGUCGACUUUGUCGCCGACAAGGUCGUGAGUGGUGGACGCGACCGGGUGCUGAAAAUAUGGAAGAAUUGAUAUUUUUGUCUUGUGAUACAUCGUUUCCAUAUUGCGUAUGGCGUUCAUACAAGCUACUGUAUGUGCCGAAGCACUAUGAUCCUACUGAAGUAUAUUUACAAACAAGCACGAUACGGAUGUAUGCAUAGGUAUGUGAAGAAUUUGCGUCGCCAUUCUU